GUCAAGUUUCAGCCCGUACUACUACACAGUGCUCUCCAGUGAGUCGGCGUACACCGUACUACAGAGAUAGCACAGUGGUUUUAACUCGUCCCACAAACAGGGGAAAUGAGUGGGUACUGGACCAUAUACCCACUUCACAGCAGAACCCACUGUAAUGGACAGCAUUCACACAGUGUUUGACAUCGAGACGUGGAAUUUAUAUUAUAAAUGUUUAAUGGAAUUUAUAUCACUUCAAAAGGUGAAUAAAUAUAGCAGAAGUUUGAAGCAGCCAACAAAUAUUGAUAACAUGAGUUUAUUGCCCAGUUAUGGUUCAUUAAGACAGGCCAAAAGACUCGAGGCACACGGUGAAUUGGUUCCCGGAAAGAGAUGUGUAAAUAUUCAGAAAUGUCCAUAAACGCGUUUAAUAAGGUUUGUGUGUAAAACAAACGGAUAAUUUAAUUGGUGUUGAUGCCCGUAAACGUCCAAAGCUAUGUUUGGAGGAAAUGCCUCUCUGAUUUCUUUGGAUAUUGAAUACUUACAAAACUCCACAAACAGACACUUCGCAGACGACCUGCCCAGCGCACUGAACAUCGUGCGAGGCGUGUUUCUUCUCGUUGUGUGUGUGCUCGGCGCUCUGUUCAACAUCUUCAUCAUCAUGGCGAUCAUUCCAAACAGACGACUGAGAACGGUGCGCAACAUCCUGCUCGUGCAUCUCGGGAGCGUGGGGCUGGGCACGUGUCUCAUGACGGUUCUCUACUCUGUUGUGGUGGUCUUCCAACGCAAGUGGAUUGGCGGGAUUAUAGCGUGCAACGCGUACGCCUUCCUCAACUCCGUCUUCACGUGCGUCUGUGUGUGGACGAUAUCGGCGCUCAGCUGGGAUAAAUACCAGACGAUAUCGUGCCCGCUCCAUCACUCUCUUUCGGCCACGGUCCGGCGGAUGACGUGUUGUUUCAUGUCUUUCUGGAUACUCGGUUUAACCCUUUCUCUUCCCCCGUUGCUGGGUGCCAAUGAGUUUGUGUUCGUCCCCGCCAUGGGGUUUUGUUCCUUGAACCCGUCGCACCGGACGGGCAUGUGGUAUUCUCUUGUUUACGUCAGUUUUGUCUUCUACAUCCCGUUCUGUAUCCUUGUGUAUUGUUACGUGCACAUUUUCAAGAUCGCGCGCAGUCAGAGUGGGCGGAUCGCCGCCACGAUGCUGAGGAUGGUGAGUCUCAUACAAGCCCCCAUCGCCCCCUCCAACGCGUCCACCCUGAACAUGAGAGGCACGAAGGCCAUGGGGACGAUCCUGCAGCUCGUCGGCUCCUUCGUCGCCACCUACAUCCCCUUCGCACUCACCCUCACCUACAGCUCCGUCAGUGGACACUGUCCCGAUACAAUCUACAUUUCCAUAGCAACGACGCUGUUUCAGUCGGCACCGCUGACUAACGCGUCCAUAUACGGACUCCGAAACAAGAUUUUGCGAUCUUCGUUUUGCAGGUUUGCUCACAGGACUGUUCAGCAUUACUGUUACAAAGACCAGAGACGGGGAAGCAUGAAAAGUCUCAGUCGAAAGUCGUCAUCAAAUCAAAAACUAUCCAUCAUAGCGCGUAAACUAGUAGUUCAAAAUGGCGGGAAAAAUGGCUUCCGUCGGACGCAGUCGUUUCAAGUUCCACAUGCCGAUAUAGAGGAUACGUUUGCGAUGGCUUCAUAUCCUCGACUACCGAGACCGCAUUCGUUUUCUUUGCUGUCAACAAACGGCCAUUACGCACGUGCCAGUGACCACGAGGCUGACCUGUAGACUGUACCGCGUCACAGUCCGCGGUGAAUCAAAGCGAUCAUAUGUGAUAUUUACUGGUAUUAUUUAUUGUGUUUUUGUCACUGGACUAUUCCAUUUUGUCAGGGGCCCAAUAUCAGGUAAUGCUCAUAAUUUCUAUGUGAUAUUAACAACGUAUUACUGAUUCUAAUUGCUCCAUAAUUCAUACAUAUUUAUUUUGAUGUUGUUAUUGUUGUCUGUUUAAAGGUGCCUGUUGAGUAUUUAUAGUUAUUAGCAACAUUAAACCAAAUAAUUGUUUACUAUUGAAACGUUGCCAGCAAUGGACGUGUUACGGUGUGUAUAUUAAAUACGGUGAAAUGGAUAUUGAUGAACAUGUUAAAUGUAUUAAACACGUGCUUAUGUUUUC